GCUUUUUCAACAUCGCUACCACAAGUCGACGAUAACGAGGGCUUAACUAUGAAACCAUACUUAUUGAGUUGUUUUAGCCUGGUGGCGACAGGCCUUCGGGCUAAUCUCAUGAGCGGAAGCCGGGGUUAUGACGCAAAUCUACCUGGAGCCGAAACGUUCAACGGCUUGACAGUGGCACCGCUAGUCAUAGAAGGGGUGGUGGAUUCGGAUGGUAUUAAGAAGACCUUCAACGGUACUAUUCAAGAAAUCGAUAUACAAAUCCGCAAUCUUAAUCCCGACUUCUCGUGGGAACACUUCCAGUCCAUGACACGACGUCAAGAUAAACCAUUAAGGAAGCGUAGAACGGAGAAGGUUUUAUGCCAUGUGCAGAAUCUACCACCCGCUUCGAGGGUUGCUAUAGAGAAAAAUCGCGACUGGCUGAACUCACUCGCUACAGGAUUAUCCGUUGAUGCCCAACGUUGCACCAAAUUCUCAUGUAUAGAGAACGCGGCAGUCUGGUUCUGUAAUGAUAAUCUAUGGUGGAUCCAGCAAAAUAGUAUUACCCUUGCAGACCAUAUUGAUGAUAUCCUGGGCGAGCUAGACUGCUCGAUUUCGGGGAACGAUAACUUGAUUCAAGGUCAAGCAUUUGAUGGAGAUGAUUACAAUAUCAUUGUUAAUGCCGACCAGUGCCCUUAAUCCAGCACUAAGGGAUAGCCUCAUGUUUCUCGUGUGGCUUUUAUUAUCUUCAUAAUAGUAGAUAGGGAGGUGGGGGAUUAUAACACAUUGUGACA